AUGUUUAAAUCCAGGAAACUCAAGUCUACCAUUGAAAUUCCUAUCAUUAACACGGCGAACAAUGGCGACUCGCAGUCCCCAACCACUCCCAGGACUCCGAAGACACCCAAAACGCCUGCGGACGAAGGGAUUGAUUUUUUCGAGUCUGCAUUUAAGCAGGGGGACAAACCGAUCAGUGUCUAUGAAUUGCAGCUGGAGCCUGAUGGUGGCCCCAGUGGAGAUCGAGCUGUUGAGUACUGCCUUCUUCCUCUCCCAGUCCCUGCGGCCGGCUAUGUUCGGCUUCCUCCUGCGACGACCCCAUACGUUCUGCGUGUCUCUAUAGAGGCCGGGACUCCCGCAUCGAAAAAUGGAAUAUUCAAGACUAAUUUCCCGCUUGAUGGCGGUCGUUUCGCACGCGAUCACUUCGUCGAACGCGUGCUGCCUACAGAUUUCUCUAAACCAAUUCGGAUAGAUCUACCCAUAUCUCAUGCUGGUGCUUUUGCUUAUUGGGUCGAGUUUGACGGUGAGGAGCCGGGUGCACGUAUCAAAGGCCGUGAAGGCUACUUCAACAUUGAUCCCAUCCUUCCCACGAAAGCUCGCACCCCAAUCCUCUCGUCAGACGCGACCGUAUCGGAAGUUGGAAACGCUGUACAGCAAGACUAUGUUAAUCUACCACUUGAUGGUCUUUCUAUCUUAACAGUUGUGUCGAAAUGGAUGGGCCCAAUGUCCGCUUGGCGUGACUAUCUUGCCGAGACCAGUGCGCGAGGGUACAACACGCUUCAUUGGACACCACUCCAGGAGAGAGGCGAGAGCGAUAGCCCUUACUCAAUACGAGACCAGCUCGUUUACGAGCCAUCCUUGUUUCCUAACGGCCACUAUGACAUUGGAUCGGACGGAGGCAAAGUAAAGCUCGAGGAGAUGCUUGGGAUUGCUAAAGACGAAUAUGGUCUACUGAGUUUAACGGAUGUCGUGUUGAAUCAUACGGCCAAUGAUAGCCCAUGGCUUCUUGACCAUCCCGAAGCAGGUUAUAGCCCUGCGAACACACCGCAUUUAACCCCCGCACUAGAACUCGAUGACGCUAUGAUUAGGUUUUCGAGUUUACUCCUGUCAAACGGCUUACCGACGAUCGUGAACUCACAAGAGGACGUCGAUAAGCUCAUAAAUGGCUUCCGCGAUUACAUCAAAGACUUGAAUACAUGGCAGUAUUAUGUCCUCGAUGUCACGAAAGAGCGGGCAGCUGUGAAAGCUGCUCUCGAUCAUGGCCAAGUGGCAACGUGGGAUGACGGGGACAUCGCUUACCGAUCUGUUGCAGACUUAGCGGAAGUCAUCCUCGCUUCCCAGAUCAUUCACGGUCUACACAAGUUGGAGAAGAAAUUCGGCACUUAUGUCGACGGGUCUGUUGCGGCUGGAUUUGUCAAGGCCGCAUUCGCAGAUCUGGAUGACAGUGACUCAUUAGCUGACGCAUGGAUACGCGUAGUGGACGUGCUGAAUGUGCCUCUCUAUCAAGAGUGGGAAGACGAUACCCGAGUCGCCCUGGAAAACAUCAAGAAUAGGCUCAAGUACACUCGUCUGGAUGAGCACGGGCCGAAGCUGGGACCAAUCACUGACAAGAUUCCGCUGGUCGAGUCUUAUUUCACUCGUUUGAAGGGUAAAGGAGACGAUCCAGCGAUCUACUCCGUCGCGAAUAAUGGGUGGAUUUGGAACGCCGAUCCUCUUGCGAAUUUUGCAUUACCGCCAUCUAAAGCAUACCUUCGCCGCGAAGUCAUUGUCUGGGGGGACUGUGUAAAAUUGCGCUACGGGGACGAGCCCUCGUCGAACCCAUGGCUUUGGGAACAUAUGACGAAAUAUGUCACUUCGCUCGCUAACACUUUCACGGGCUUUCGCAUUGAUAACUGUCACUCGACCCCCCUACACGUGGGCGUGACGCUGCUCGAUGCAGCGCGCGUGGUAAACCCGGAUCUGUAUGUCUGUGCGGAGUUGUUCACGGGAAAUGAAGAGACGGACAAACUGUUCGUAAGCCGGCUUGGGUUGAAUAGUCUGAUUCGGGAGGCAGGAAAUGCAUGGGACUCAAAGGAGUUCUCGAGAUUGUUAUACCGACAUGGGCUCGGGAAGCCUAUCGGUUCGAUGGAUAGUGCCUGCGUGACCAGCAAAGAAGAGCUCCCGCCACCUACAGGAAAAGGGCCCACUCGUCCCUGCGUCGUAAUACCUCAUAAUGGCUCUGCUCCUCAUGCACUUUUCUACGACCUGACCCACGACAACGAGACAUAUUUAUUCAAGCGGUCUGCCGAAGAUGCACUGUCUACUGGUGCACUCGUCGCGUUUUCGUAUUGCGGUAUCGGCUCUGUCAAGGGUUUCGAUGAUUUGUAUCCAAAGCUCUUAAAUCUGGUUGCUGAGAGAAGAAAGUAUGAGGUGACAAACUUUGGGGAGCGGAGUGGUAUCGCCAAGGCUAAGCGUUUGCUAAAUUCACUGCACACUGAGAUGGCUCUUGGCGGUUUUCAAGAGGGGCAUGUCCACCAGGAGAAUGAUUAUAUUGUCAUUCACCGCGUGCAACCAACAACGCAGAAGGGAUACAUUCUUAUUGCGCAUACAGCCUUCUCCAAAGGGUCCAAAGAUCGCGGACACAUCGAUCCUGUCAAACUCCGCGGGACGAGAGCCAUCUAUAUCUAUGGUGCAUACAUAGAUAUAUCGUCAUAUGAGACGGACAGUGACGUAGAGACGCUCUGCGGUCUACCCGGAAAACUUGUCGAAAUUCCCCCCGUCAUCGUUCCCCAGGGUCUUGAUCAAGAAGGACCCUACGCUGAGAUUGUCGUCCCGCAAUAUUUCCCUCCGGGGAGCAUCAUGGUCUUCGAAACUCAGCUGCAGAAUCACGACGCUACGCUGGACAUCUUCUGUACAUCCGAAGCCGAAAAUGCAUUCACAGAUCUGGAUCUCGUCGACCUCAAUGUGAUACUGUAUCGGGCCGAUGGAGAAGAACGCGAUGCUACAAGUGGAGAAUUUGGCACGUACUCUAUUUCCGGUAUUGGGAAUCUGGUAUACUGCGGUCUCGAGGGCUGGAUGCAUCUUCUGAGGCAUAUAAUGCGGUACAACGAUUUGGGCCAUCCACUAUGUGGGAACUUGCGAGAAGGCACGUGGGCACUGGAUUAUGUGUCCUCGAGAUUGUCGAGGCAAGUCGAUAAGUUUCCGAAGCUGAAAAAACCAGCGCAGUGGUUCAAAGAAAGGUUUGAGCGGAUCAAAGCUAACGUUCCGCCGUUCUUAAGACCAAAGUACUUUGCAAUUAUUAUCUCCGAGGCGUACAAGAUCUCUCGCCAGCUUGCUAUCGAACAGUGCUCCGAGUUUGUCUCGAGUGGACAUUCUUUCACACAAGAUCUUGCACUGUGUUCAGUUCAGAUGCACGGGAUGGUCCAGUCUGCUUCACUUGAUCCAGGCAAGCCCAGCCCAUCUCUUGCUGCUGGAUUGCCGCAUUUCGCUUCUGGGUGGGCGAGGUGCUGGGGUCGCGAUGUAUUCAUCUCUUUACGCGGUUUAUUCCUGACUACCGGAACUUUUGCGGGUGCGAAAGCGCACAUUUUGGCGUUCGCUUCGACACUCAAACAUGGUCUGAUACCUAAUUUGCUUGACUCUUUGCGCAACCCGAGAUAUAACUCACGAGAUUCCCCUUGGUGGAUGCUGCAGAGCAUCCAAGACUACGUCAACAGUAGCCCUGAAGGUCUUACCUUACUUUCCGAAUCAGUAAAACGACGUUUCCCCAAGAACGAUACCUGGACUCCGUGGAACGGUCCUCAAGCGUACUCUUAUUCCAGUACCAUCGCGGAGAUCAUCCAAGAAAUCCUUCAGCGUCAUGCCACUGGCAUUUCUUUUCGUGAGUAUAACGCUGGACCCAAUCUCGACAUGCAAAUGAGCGACGAAGGCUUCAACAUCGACAUAAGGGUGGACUGGGAGACUGGUUUGAUAUUCGGAGGCAAUCGAUUCAACUGUGGGACAUGGAUGGACAAGAUGGGCGAAUCAACCCGGGCCGGUACGAAAGGACGUCCAGGAACGCCGCGAGAUGGUGCUCCAGUGGAGAUCACAGGAUUACUGAAGAGCGCUCUCAGAUGGUUAGAUCAACUUUCGAGUGCCGGGAAAUUCCCGUUCAAAGGUGUUGAGGCCGAAAUCGAUGGCAAGGUGCGACUGGUCACAUACAAGGAAUGGGGGAACCUACUGCAAACGUCCUUCGAGGCGUGCUACUACGUACCUCUAGACCCCAUGGAUGAUGCUAAGUAUAAUGUGAACCCCAAUCUCAUUAAUCGCAGAGGAAUCUAUAAGGACGUAUACGGCUCAGGACCCGGACGAGAAUGGUCAGACUACCAGUUUCGGCCCAACUUCCCUAUCGCCAUGACUGUGGCUCCAGAGUUAUUUGAUCCUGAACAUGGUCUUGGAGCACUCAAGCUCGCUGACCAGAUCUUGAGAGCGCCCCUUGGGAUGAGGACGCUGGACCCUUCUGACCUGCAGUAUCGGCCUUAUUAUGAUAAUUCAAACGACAGCGUUGAUCCUGCUAUUGCAAAAGGCUUGAACUACCACAAUGCAAGUGUUGGACCUGAAUGGGGCUGGCCAUUAGGAUAUUUCCUUCGAGCAUACCUUUAUUUCGACCGAGCGGUUGGCAGAGAGGACCUUACCCAGACGUUGCACCACCUACAUCGUUGCAUUCUCGCACCCCGUCGUCACAUCCAGAGCGAUCCCUGGGCAGGCUUGCCUGAACUGACAAAUAAGGAUGGAGAAUUAUGCCAUGAUUCUUGCAACACCCAGGCAUGGAGUGCGAGUACACUCCUCGAUUUCUUAGAAGAGGUGCAUGAGUUAAGUCAGGCAAUCGUUAAGGUCAGUUAG